AUGCCAAUAUCAGAUCCAAUUUUGAGAAAGGAACAUGACAGACUAACUAAAGCUAUAUCCCGAGCCAAAAAAGCCGAAAAAGCCGAGGAAAAAACGGGAGCAGGAAGAAGAACAAAAGUGAAAGCAAAUUUUACGGGAAUGCUCCGGGAUUUAGUUGGGGGUAUUGGGAGCAUUGUGGAAAUUCAAAAGUUAGAACUGUUAGCCGGAAACUUAGUGCGGGAUUAUUACCAAACGGCCAAAAAAAAGAUAAGAAUUAAGAGGUAUGUUGAUGAUGAAACGGAAGAUUUUGAAGAUUGUCUAUCGAAAUACCAUUUAUCAACUCGCAAGGAAAUAGAAUUAACUAAAUUUCACGAGGAGCGAGGCAAAGAAGGUUGUUCGUGCUAUGAUUGCCAAGAAAAGCAAACAAUUCGCAGCGAGAUUAAACACCAGCUAGACCAAGAACCAAAAGAGCGAGAGGAAGUGAGGAGCGAUUGCGGCCAUUGCUGCGAGUAUAAAAAAGUUAGUGUGGAUAGCGGAUUAUGCCUUUACAAAAUUGAUAAUAAUGUAAACUCAGCCAUGACAAUAAUUCAAAAAAAACCACGAAUUUUAAAUAUUAAUCCGCUAUCGGUAGUGAAAUUCUUUUAUGAAAGAUUGGGAGAAAAAGCUUUAGAACAAGAAGCUGCUCCGGUACUUCUAAGUGUUUUUGAUUACUUAGAAAAAUUAAAAAGUUCAUCGUCAUUUCGCCAUAUUCCCGACAUUACUGACGAGUUGGUUAUCUAUCACUUAGAAAACAUUUGCCAGCGUUACCAAAGAAAAUUUGAAAGCAGUGAUUUUAAAUUGGCCAAAGUUGCUGAGUAUUCAACUUAUACUCUUAAACAAUUACAAAAAAAAGACCGACAUUUUCAUUUUAUAGAGCAAAAGAAAGAAAAAGAUUUUGUUAUUACUAAGAUUGCUAAGUAUCAUCACAAGAGAAAAAGUCUUGUUCGACUUUUGCCGGACAGCCGUCUUUGUCAACUAUCGUUAGGUCCGGAGCAAGAAAGAGUAAUAG